AUGCUUGAAGGUAAAAUCGACGAGGCCGUUCUCCUCAAAAAAAUCGUGGAAUCCAUCAAGGACUGCGUCAAGCUCUGCAAUUUCAACUGCACCGAGCACGGCAUCACUGUCCAGGCCGUGGACGACUCCAGAGUCUUGUUGGUGUCUCUUUUGGUUGGUCUGUCUGCCUUUGCUGAGUACAGAUGCGAUCGUGACAUCACCUUGGGAAUUGACUUGGACUCCUUCUCCAAGAUCAUCAAGUGCGGUAACAAUGACGACUACUUAACCUUGUUGGCCGAGGACUCUCCCGACAACGUGGUCACCAUUUUCGAGGACAAGAAGAGAGAGAGGGUGUCUGAAUACUCGUUGAAGUUGAUGGACAUCGACUCCGAGUUCUUGAGAAUCGAUGACAUGCAGUACGACUCCGUCGUCAACAUGGCCAGCUCGGAGUUUGCCAAGGUGGUCAGAGACUUGAAGAAUCUCAGUGAGUCGCUUAAUAUCACCGUCACCAAGGAUGCAGUGAAAUUCAGCGCCGAGGGCGAAUCGGGCACUGGCUCGGUGGUCUUGAAGCCAUUCACUGACAUCGACAACCCGGACCAGUCCGUGUCUGUCAACUUGGAGAACUCGGUGGACUUGACGUUCGGCUUGAAGUAUUUGAGUGACAUCAUCAAAGCCACUUCUUUGUCUAAUACCAUCACCAUCAAGUUGGCCGACAAGACUCCAGCGUUGUUUGAGUACAAGUUGGAGGCCGGCGGCUACUUGAGGUUCUACUUGGCACCAAAGUUCGAUGAGGAAGACUGA